GACACAAACCUCCGUCCCGGAACUGUGGGAGCCAAAUGAAGAUAACCCCUGAUUGAAAUGGCGUCAGGCUCCGUCCGAGGCUGGGCUCUGUGCACCGCGUCUCUGCUCAACUUUGCGUUCGUCUUCAUCUCCGGUGCGGACUUCAUCCGGUUCGUGUCGUUUCGGGCCAUUUACCACAACAUCACCGGAGAGACGACGCUGUGCCGAGACUCCAUUCCGUGGUCGGAGGCCCUGCAGGACAGUUCAGUCCUCACGUCUCUGCUGGUGGAUCUGGGUCUGCUGGUUCUCUUCACCACACAGCACAGUCUGCUGGCCUGGUCUCCGGUCAAACAGGUUCUCCAGUCGGUCUUUGGGUCCCUGAACAGGACGGCGUACUGCUUCACUACCGCUCUGGCCCUCCAGAUUUUAAUGCGCUACUGGCAGCCUGUGACCGGCGCCCCCUGUCUGUGGUCGGUCCAUCAUGCACCCUGGAACAUCUGGUUCCCUCUGCUCUGCUUCACGCUGCACUUCCUCUGCUGGGCCAUCAUCUGCAGCAUCCUCAUGAUGUUUGACUACCCAGAGCUGCUGGGCAUCAAGCAGGUGUACUACGAGUGUCUCGGGUUAGGAGACCCUCUGUCUGAGGAGUCUCCUGCCGCCCGCCGCCUCCUGUCUCACCUCCGCCACCCGGUGUGUGUGGAGCUGGGUGUGGUGCUGUGGCUGCUGCCGGCCUUAUCCCUGGACCGGCUGCUGCUGGCGGGGACUCUGUCGGCCUACCUGGCCCUGGCACACUCCCUGGACGGAGACGAUCUGUCCUACCUGUGUGUGCAGGUCAGCAGCAGGAUGCAGCUCUUUGCAGCACCGCAGCAGCAGAAGUGAUUUAAAUCUGAGAGUCUUUGUGAUCCUCCGAAAGGCUCAUAUCUGCUGUUUGUGUCAUUUUGAAUGUGGUUUUAGAAAAAGGAGCGUUUUAUUUACAAAAUGUUUUUAUCCCAAACACCAAACUGUUUCCAAAAGUGGCUCUACUUUAACCCUCCUGUUGUCCUCAUUUAUAGGCACCAAAAAUAUAGUUUCCUUCUCUGAAAAAAAUCCAAAAAUUCAGCAAAAUUUCCCCAAAUUUCUGAAAAUUUGCAAAACCUUCAGGAAGAAAACUCCAAUAAUUCCUUAAAAGUUCCCUUAAAAGUUUUAUUUAAAAAAAAAAAUCCCCCAAAUUUGGCAAGAAAAUUCUUCAGUGAGUAAAAAUGAGUAAAAAUCUUCCAGAAAAUUCCUAAAAAUAUCUAAAGUGAUUACAUAUGUAUCAGUAAAACUUCUAAUGUUUUCUUGAAGGGCAUUUUCCACCAAAAAGAUGUUCAAAAAUUUCCCAAAAAUGUUGAAAAUGUGGACAUCAGAAGUUUCACUGUGGAAAUAUAUUUUUUUUCUCCACAUUUUCAGACUUUAAAACGGGUCAAUUUGACCCGCAGGACAACAUGAGGGUUAAGUAAAUUGCUGCAACAUUUCUUAGAAAUCAAUAAUUUAGGAGGUAAAAUUAGUUCUAAACUGAUUUUAUACAAAAGAAUUUGUAAUAAAAUCCUCCAAAUAUUACUUUUUUACUCCACUAAAUAGUUUUUGUUUAUGGUACGGGAUAUUUUUAUAGCCAUGUGCCAACACUGUAUGUCUCUGAACACUAAUUUCAGGAUUGUUCGUCACACUGAGGUUUCAUUUCUGUUACUCUGAAUGUAUUUCUGCAGUUGUUUCCUGCAGCUGAGGGACUUGAACACGCUGGGUUGAUACUUCAUGUCUGAUUUAUGUUCAUCUUUCUUGAUAUUUCAAGUUAGUUUAUUAUGAGGAGAACCACUAUUUUCCAAAAAAAUGCAGUUAAUUCUUGACCUAAAGUACUGUAAUGUUUGGUUUUAUACGUAUUGUGAGUGAGAGCUGUCGGUGUUUUUAAAGCUGUGUGUUAUUAAUGUAAAAUACUGACAUGUUUGUUUGUCUGUUUUUGUAUUUUUUAAAGAGCAGAAGCAGAUUCAUGACAUUUUAAUAUCACCGUGUUUUGUUUUUUUAAUAAUAUUAGUUGUCAAGGCAGCAGAGAUUCAGGAACCACUUGAUAUUUGUCUAAAUAACAGCUGAAAUGUCGCAGGUAAACGCUGAGAACAUGAUAUUAAUGGGAGGUUCUGAACUUCAUCUGUUAAUUAUGGACGAGGAUGGAAUAAACAGCUGCAGUCACACUCUGAAAAAGGACAAACUGCUGGUUGUAAAAUACACAUUUUUCAUCUGGA